UUGCAUUGAGUUUCGGUGUCUCAGAACUGCAAGAACAUGGCCGGGCGUUGUGUAGUGCUACUCAGUCUUUACUUUGGAAUAUUGUGUCAGAUAUUGGCUUUCUCCGCUGCCCAAGAUCAGGUGGUCCAGGCUUGCUCCAACGAUGAUGUGCCCAUGUGUGCCCAAAGUACUGCCAAUGGAAUGAACUUUCUUUUUAGAAACGAAUGUGAUUUAAGGAAGGCCCAGCGCAGCAACCUAAUGGGUGCCCCGAUUUAUGAAGUAUCUCUUCGAAACUGCUUUCCCAACUGUGAAUUCGAGUGCAGCACCCGGCAAAGACCAGUUUGUGGAGUUAGCUCGCAAACAGGCCAUCGCAGGACCUUUAAAAGCCGUUGCGAAAUGAUACGUACAUCGUGCUUAUCUGGAUCUGAAUGGUUGGUCCAACAAUGGGGAGUGUGCCCCAAAGAAAAUAGUUUGCCCCAAAACAGCCAGAAGCCGCUGCAACCCGUGCGCUGCACCAAAAUCUAUCGUCCUGUCUGCGCCAUGUAUGCCGGAGUCAAGUCCACCUUUUCUAAUGAGUGCCUAGUAAAUGCUGAAAAUGUCAAGACACAGAGAAAUUGGCGCAUCGUUUCCCAAGGUCUUUGUGGCGAAGACAGCCUUAAAAUGAAACAGAGCUACAAACAAAAACCCCAGACAAAACCAAAAGUAGAUGCUGAUCGCACAAAGCGCAGUAACAAGUACAAAAACAAUCGGCUUAGCCAAAGUGAUGAUUUCCAGAUUCCGGAGGAUGCUGUCCAAAUCUAUGCCCCAUCCACGUUCCACACACAAUUCAUCAGCCAGACAGGAGCUAUGGAAAAGAGUUAUUCCCUACCCGCUCGAAAGCCCUACGUUGUUUCGCCUCAAAAACCAAAGGUUCGAAAGGUUUAUGGCAGUAGAAAUUCAAAAAAUCCUGUGAAAUCAUGUGUGUUUGGAAAUGAUCCCAUUUGUGGGACUUUUAAAAGCCAGAGGCGUACGUUCUCUAGUGUUUGCGACCUGAUGGAAUACAGCCAGAGAUUUGGAAACGCAUGGACCAUUUCGCAUGACGGAGCUUGCCGGCAAUGUGAUAAGCCUUGCCCCACUGUAAUUCAACCCAUUUGUGCCACAAGGAACGGCUUCAACCACACUAUUAUUAACGAGUGCUACCUGGAGCGAGUGCGUUGCAAGGAUCCAGCAAGUAUUUGGAAAUUAGUUCAUAAAGGCGAGUGCCCGAUGCCACUUGGAAAUAAGCCCCAAGGAAUACACACCAAGAAAAUUAAGCCCUUGUCCGUGGUGCCUGUAGUUUUAUAUGGGAAAAACAUAUUUCGGCAAUCAAGCACUGAAAAAACCAACUUAAAGAAAGUUGCAACAACUAAAAAAAUUACAACGACUCAUAAGCCACAGCACCACCUGAAAAGUACCACCAUAAAAACCCCAUUACCAUCCCUGGAGCCAAAUAACCGAAAGAUUCGAAAAAUAGAGCUCUCGGGAUUUACGAAUUUUUCGGGAUCAAAACUUUCAAAUUAUGUUAAAUCCGAUGAAGAUGCGUUCUGGUCUUCCAACGAUAAUUGGCUGAUUGGAAAAACCCUCGACAAUGUUAAUGGUUUUUUCAAUAAAAAACCAGCUAGUUUCAAGAAGACUUAUGUGGAAAAGAAACCUCCGAGCUAUAAACACUUUACAAACACUGUUAGAGCUCCUUUAACCACCAGCACCACUACAACUGUGGCUCCACCACCACAGUUGCCAGUUUUCGUGAGCUUUUCCUCGCCGGAGUUACUUGACCUGGACUUUGACAAUAAGCCGACCAUUUUCGGGGAUGAUGAUGCCCAGCUUCUGCAGAUGCUGACCACCAAAAUGACCACCACUACCACCUCCGCCACACCCGUUCCCAGCACCACUCAACCGAGCACCACCGAACUAGCAACUAGUAUUGGGACAACGGAAGCGACCACUUACCCGGAGGAUACUACCUCAGUUGCAGUGGAAAUAACCAGCGAGGAUUCCUUGGGCUUUACUGAUCCGGAAACCACGGAGGAAGUAUUAAUUAGCUCCACCACAGAUGCACCACCUCAGACCACUACAGAACCUGAGGAGCUGUAUAGUCAAACCACAGAUGGUACGGAGACGCCAACCACAACCUCGGCCACCGAGCUGUCGAGUUCCACACAGAAUGCGGACUACACGGCGGAUGAGCUAUCUGCCGAGACCAGUGGCCAGACUUCCAUUUACGGACUGGACAAAAACUCGUUGAUAAUGCGACUGCUACGUGCCAGAAGUAGUCAAAAUGUUCUAAUUUAAUUUGUUUUUAUUUCACUUAAGUUUAUUAAGCUACUUCUACAUAAAUAAAUAAAUUAAAAUAAUACUG